UUCCGGGAGCUGGCCUUCGGCUCCUGGCUGCCCCCACCCCCCACUCCUUCUCGGCCCCAGUUGGUGCAGCCCCGGGCCCGGCCCUGCUCGGCUCUCUCUCCCGCUGGCUCCACUCCGUGCUCCCCCGUUUCUGGCUUUUCCCUCUCCCAUCGUCUGCUCUCAGUUGCCCCCCCCCCCCAGCUCCUGUCCUGCCGGCUCCCUCUCUGCACCCCCUUUGCUUUUGGGCCUUCCUUUCUAUUCGGGUCCUACCUUUGCUGCCCCUCUCCACCCUCACCCCCCCCCAGCUGUCCCUAGCUCUCUUGGUCUUCCAAGUUCCCGCCCCCCCCCCCCUCCCCUGGAGCUGUCCAGCCUCUGGCUCUCGGCUCCUGUCUCCUUCCACUGCGGCCGCGCUGUCUCUUCAGCACCGCCUCCCCAUCUCUCGGAGCCUUCCUCCCUUUCUGGGGGUCUUCUCCUCCUGCCUCUUUGUCUCUCCACAGCUUUGCCCUUCCCUUCCUGUGUCUCGGAUCUCUCUCUCUCUCCCUAUUGCCCUGUGCCUUCCUCUACUUCUUCCUCUCUCCAGUUCCCUUUCUUCCGUCUUUCCCCUGCCUUUUGUGUCCUCCCCUCCUGGUGCUUCAGGUGUCUCCCCUCUCCGGGUCUUUCUUUUCUUCCCCUUUCUUCUAUCCGUCUGCCUCUGGCUGUCUUCUGUCUCUCUGCGUCUCUGUCUGUCUGCCUCUGUCUCUCUGUCUCUCUGUGUGUCUGCCAGCCUCCGUCUGCCUCUGGCUGUCUGCGUGUGUCUCCCUUUUUUGAUGGAGGUAUCGCCCCUCUUUCCCUUGCUCAUCGUGUCCCCCUCACGCUUCCCCCGGCCCGCGGCCUGGUGAGAUCCCGGGGCUCCCUCUAGCCGUCUCCCUUGCACUUGGGGGACUCGCUUCCUUUGUCCUUCCCUGCCCCGGCCGGCCCCCGUCUGCCUCUGGCCGCCUUCCCCGGUCCUUGGGUCUGGAGCUUUCCUGCAUGGCUUUCUCUGCCUCUGCCCAUGCUUUUUUUUCCCGAUUCCCUUUUUGCUUCAUUACCGUAUUGCUCGGUGGAGCCGCGCCUCCCCUAGUCUCUCCGAGCCCCCCUCCUUCUGUCUCUCCCCAGCCUCUUUGUUCUCUCCCAUCUCCCUCCAGCCCGUCUUCCCGGCUCCUCCUCUGCCUCCUUGCAGCUUCCUGGGCCCCGCUCCCUCGGCCCUCCUCCUCCGUCCCCGGGUCUCUUCCCCUCAGUCUGGGGCCCUCUUCCUCGUCUGGAUCCGGCUCCCCGCUGUAUCUCUCUGUAGCCACCUGUUUCCCCCGCGCCCCUUCUCGGGCCCUCCUCGGAGCCCGCUUCGGUGUCCCUGGUCCACCACCCAUCUCCCCCCCCCCCCUCAACAUGGAGUCCUGCAGAAACUGUUGGUCAUCCGCGCCUCCUCCCCUUCCCCCACCCCCAGCCCGCCCCCGCCCCGUGUUAUUCCGUUUCUUUCUCAUUAUCCCCGGCUGUUCGCGGCGCCUGUGGGUGGGCAGGAAGUGGGGUGGGGAAGGAGCCCGGCUUCUCCCUCAGGCCCGGAGGCCGGGCCGCCCGCGUGACCUGAGGCCGGGAGCAGGGGCGCAUGUGGCCGGUCAGGAAGAGCCCAUCCUGCCUGGCCCAUGGCAGUCCGAAGGAGCCUCUGAUCCCCAGCCCCUCCCUCCCUGGACCAGCCUUCCUAGUGACAUGAUGCCCAACGCCACCGGGCCAGACGACAUCAGUGGCAGCGGGUCCCCCCUACCGCCCACGACAGCCGCCGCCGCCGCCGUCUCCACCUCCGUCAAGCUGGUUCUCUUGGGGGCCAUCAUCUGUGUCAGCUUGGUGGGCAAUGCCCUCCUGUCCCUGCUGGUUCUCAGGGAGCGAGCCUUGCACAAGGCCCCCUACUACUUCCUGCUGGACCUGUGUCUGGCCGACGGCGUGCGGGCCGCGGUCUGCUUCCCCUUCGUGCUGGCCUCCAUCCGCCACGGCUCAGCGUGGACAUUCAGUGCGCUCAGCUGCAAGGUGGUGGCUUUCAUGGCUGUGCUCUUCUGCUUCCACGCUGCCUUCAUGCUCUUCUGCAUCAGCGUCACCCGCUACAUGGCCGUGGCUCAUCACCGCUUCUACGCCAAGCGCAUGACCCUCUGGACCAGCGCCGCGGUCAUCUGCAUGGCGUGGACUCUCUCGGUGGCCAUGGCCUUCCCGCCCGUCUUCGACGUGGGCACCUACAAGUUCAUCCGGGAGGAGGACCAGUGCAUCUUCGAACACCGCUAUUUCAAGGCCAACGACACCCUGGGGUUCAUGCUCAUGCUGGCUGCCCUCAUGGCCGCCACCCACGCUGUGUACGGGAAGCUGCUUCUUUUUGAGUACCGCCACCGCAAGAUGCGCCCCGUGCAGACCGUCCCGGCGGUCAGCCAGAACUGGACGUUCCACGGGCCCGGCGCCACCGGCCAGGCCGCCGCGAACUGGAUAGCCGGCUUCGGCCGGGGCCCCCUGCCUCCCACCCUGCUGGGCAUCCGGCAGGUGACCGGAGGGGGAGGGGGCCACGUGGCCAGCCGGCGCCUCCUAGGCAUGGAGGAGUUCCGGGGGGAGAAGGAGUUGGGCCGAAUGUUCUACGCCAUCACCCUCCUGUUCCUGUUGCUCUGGUCUCCCUACAUUGUGGCCUGCUACUGGCGGGUUUUUGUGAAGGCCUGUGCUGUGCCUCACCGCUACCUGGCCACCGCCGUCUGGAUGAGCUUUACUCAGGCUGGGGUCAACCCCAUUGUCUGCUUCCUCCUCAACAAGGACCUCAAGAAGUGCCUGAGGACUCACGCCCCUUGCUGGGGGGCCGGAGGCCCCCAGGUCCCUCGGGAGCCUUAUUGUGUCAUGUAGAAAAACCAGAGUGGCAGAUAUGGGGAGGAAGAAAGGACGGACAGAUGACAGUGAAAAAAGGAUAAAUGAGAGGAAGGAAACCCCAAAUGGGGGACGAGACUUAGCGUGGAGGGUGCAAAGGGGAGGGAUCCGGCAGCGGCUCCCUAAACUUCUCCAAUUCCCAGUACUCCGUCAGAUGGCACUCCUCCGUUCCCAGCGCUAGAUGGACGGGUAGGGGGUCCCCUCUGGCCCAUCCCUGGCCCUAACGGCUUCCGGGGGAAUAGGGAAUUUUAGAGACCCACAUACACAUAUACCAGAUCAUUUUUUUUUCCUUUAUGAAAAACUAGAAAGAAAAAACCCGGGGUUUUCUAUCAGUUGUGAAUGUGCCGGGUGUUCAUUUGCAUCUGUUCCUCUCUCUCUCUCUUUCUCUCUCGGAUGUGUCGUCUCCAGAGAGAAACAUCAUUAUAGCCGACACGACCCCCCCCCCUUCCCCAGAUCCAGUAACACUAAUGGAUGUCUCCCUGAGUGGCGCAGACAGGGUGACGCUCACCCCCUGGUGCCGGAGCCCUAGCUGGUCUUUGGCGGCGAGCCCCAUCCGGCGGCGCCCUUGCCCCAACCCCUGCCUCAGGCCCGAGAGGCCUCCGGGGGGCCGCCACGGAGGAUGGCCUUUCGGCUCGAUCGUGUCUCUUCCCACAUUCUGUUCCCACUGGGAAUUCCAAUUUGCCCCCCUGUUGGGGCACAGGGGUGGCCCGGGACCAGCAUCCCCCCCGCCACCAGGCUCCCUACGAUCGCCUCCCCGGGGAUGGGCUAGGCGACUCUCCCACCGUCAUGGGAGGGAACUUAGUUCCUUGGUUUUCCAGAGUCCUUUUGGGAGCCUCAACGGUCCCUUGACUGUCCCUGCUGAGAACUGCUUUUCAUCCUCAGCCUUCCUUUUUGCAAGCUGACCAGCCUCAUCCCCCCCAAGGUGACAGACAGUCCCAGAACCCUUGUGGAUGGCUGUAUCACCUUUUCCCCUCCCUCUUGGUACCUCCCCCCAUCCUCUCUCUUAAUCCCAGUCCUCCUUUUUCACUGACCUGGCUCAGUGUGUCUCAGGGACCCUCCUCCCUUCCCUAAGAACAUACCUCUCUGGAGGUGCCCCACAGUGGACCUCCUCUCUCCCACGAUGCCCGCAAGCCGACAAAGGCUCACGUGGGCGUCGAUGGUCAGGGAUUCCCCUCCAUCCGAGACGUGACUCCAGAUCGUCCAGUCCCCCGUUUCUGAGGAAGAUGCUCCCGUCUCUCUCUUACUUGCAGAAGGUUGGAGAAUAAGGGGUGGGCCUGGAAGAGGGGAGAGACUUGGAGGGGGGAGUUCAGUGGAGAGGGGAGCUGGGUCUGAGGAAGGUUUCCUGGAGGAGGCGUUAUGUGGAUAGGAGUCUGGGAGGGCCCGCGUUACGGACCGGCUAAGGCCACGGAGAGAAAUCGGGUGGGGGAGGGACUUUAAUGCCAAGAGGAAAGGGCCAACGUUUGAUCCUACGGCAGCUGCGAGGCCCUUCAGGUCCUAGAGCCGAAGGAAAGGCCGAGAGCCACUGAGCUUUGCCAUGGAGGGGACAGCCCCUUCAUCUUCCUCCUCCUAGUUGGGGAGCAUGUGGGAUGUAGCUAGCCCAGGUUUGCCCAGCCCAACCCGGCAGCUGGGACGUUCUUAGUUCUCAGCCCUUGCCCGAUGCCCUUCCCCAUGGCGGGGGUGGGGUGGGGGGUGGGAAGGGGGGGUAUCAGGAGAAAACGGGAAAUGGGAACCCAGGAGGCAGCUGGGGCUGAAGCCUUUGGUUUUAGACCAGUGUGGACUUGGUCCCAUCGUGGGUCUGUUUGAAGGAGCCAUGGCCCGGACUGGAGAAGGUAGGGAGAGCCCUGGAGGCUUUCUUAAGGGAGUCAGGGGCCUUUGGGACUGGGCCUGAUGGGAGGAGGGUAGCUACAGGGGGAGGGAUGGGAUUACAGCUCAUGCUGGGCUGAGGGGAGGGACCAUGGGCAGGCAACCACCCUUUUGGAAGGGUCUUGAUUUUUCUGCCUGUUUUUUGUAAACCAAGAUACUGAAGUAAAUAAAAUCUCUUGGC